GGAAUUUCGUCCCAAAUAAAAGGAAUGAAGUCUGGCUCCGGAGGAGGGUCCCCGACCUCGCUGUGGGGGUUCGUGUUUCUCUCCGCCGCGCUCACGCUCUGGCCGACGAGUGGAGAAAUUUGCGGGCCCGGCAUCGACAUCCGCAAUGACUACCAGCAGCUGAAGCGCCUGGAAAACUGCACGGUGAUUGAGGGCUUUCUCCACAUCCUGCUCAUCUCCAAGGCUGAGGACUACCGAAGCUACCGCUUUCCCAAGCUCACGGUCAUCACCGAGUACUUGCUGCUGUUUCGAGUGGCCGGCCUCGAGAGCCUGGGUGACCUCUUCCCCAACCUCACGGUCAUCCGUGGCUGGAAACUCUUCUACAACUACGCACUGGUCAUCUUCGAGAUGACCAAUCUCAAGGAUAUUGGGCUUUAUAAUCUGAGGAACAUUACUCGGGGGGCCAUCAGGAUCGAGAAAAACGCUGACCUCUGUUACCUCUCCACAAUAGACUGGUCUCUCAUCUUGGAUGCGGUGUCCAAUAACUACAUUGUGGGGAACAAGCCCCCAAAGGAAUGUGGGGACCUGUGUCCAGGGACCUUGGAGGAGAAGCCCAUGUGUGAGAAGACCACCAUCAAUAAUGAAUACAACUACCGCUGCUGGACCACACAUCGCUGCCAGAAAAUGUGCCCAAGUGUGUGCGGAAAGCGAGCGUGUACAGAGAACAAUGAGUGCUGUCACCCGGAGUGCCUGGGCAGCUGCCACACGCCAGACGACAACACGACCUGCGUGGCCUGCCGACACUACUACUACAAAGGCGUGUGCGUGCCCGCCUGCCCACCCGGCACCUACAGGUUCGAGGGCUGGCGCUGCGUGGACCGCGAUUUCUGCGCCAACAUCCCCAACGCCGAGAGCAGCGACUCCGAUGGCUUCGUCAUCCACGAUGGCGAGUGCAUGCAAGAGUGUCCCUCAGGCUUCAUCCGCAACAGCACCCAGAGCAUGUACUGCAUCCCCUGUGAAGGCCCCUGCCCCAAAGUCUGUGGUGACGAAGAAAAGAAAACAAAAACCAUCGAUUCGGUGACGUCGGCUCAGAUGCUCCAGGGAUGCACCAUCUUGAAGGGCAAUUUGCUCAUUAAUAUCCGGCGGGGCAAUAACAUUGCCUCAGAACUGGAGAACUUCAUGGGGCUCAUCGAGGUGGUGACUGGCUAUGUGAAGAUCCGCCAUUCCCACGCUUUGGUCUCCUUGUCCUUCCUGAAGAAUCUCCGUCUAAUCUUAGGAGAGGAGCAGCUAGAAGGGAACUACUCCUUCUAUGUCCUGGACAACCAGAACUUGCAGCAGCUGUGGGACUGGAACCACCGGAACCUGACCGUCAGGUCAGGGAAGAUGUACUUUGCUUUCAAUCCCAAGCUGUGUGUCUCUGAAAUUUACCGAAUGGAGGAAGUCACAGGGACAAAGGGCCGCCAGAGCAAAGGGGACAUCAACACCAGGAACAACGGGGAGCGAGCUUCCUGUGAAAGCGACGUUCUCCGUUUCACCUCCACCACCACCUCGAAGAACCGCAUCAUCAUAACGUGGCACCGGUACCGGCCCCCGGACUACAGGGAUCUCAUCAGCUUCACGGUGUACUACAAGGAGGCACCCUUUAAAAAUGUUACGGAAUAUGAUGGCCAGGAUGCCUGUGGCUCCAACAGCUGGAACAUGGUGGAUGUGGACCUACCUCCCAACAAGGAGGGGGAGCCUGGCAUUUUACUGCAUGGGCUGAAGCCCUGGACCCAGUAUGCUGUCUAUGUCAAGGCUGUGACCCUCACCAUGGUGGAAAACGACCAUAUCCGUGGGGCCAAAAGUGAAAUCUUGUACAUUCGCACCAAUGCUUCAGUUCCUUCCAUUCCCCUAGAUGUACUCUCGGCGUCAAACUCUUCUUCUCAGCUGAUCGUGAAGUGGAACCCCCCGACCCUGCCCAACGGUAACUUGAGUUACUACAUCGUGAGGUGGCAGCGGCAGCCGCAGGAUGGUUACCUGUACCAGCACAACUACUGCUCCAAAGACAAGAUACCCAUCAGAAAGUACGCUGAUGGUACGAUUGAUGUGGAAGAGGUGACGGAGAAUCCCAAGACAGAAGUGUGUGGUGGUGAUAAAGGGCCUUGCUGUGCUUGUCCAAAAACGGAGGCCGAGAAGCAGGCCGAGAAGGAAGAGGCUGAGUACCGCAAAGUCUUUGAGAAUUUCCUUCACAAUUCCAUCUUCGUGCCCAGACCCGAAAGGAGGCGGAGAGAUGUCGUACAAGUGGCCAACACCACCAUGUCUAGCCGAAGCAGGAACACCACAGUGGCUGACACCUACAACAUCACAGACCCAGAGGAGCUGGAGACAGAAUACCCUUUCUUUGAGAGCAGAGUGGAUAACAAGGAGAGAACGGUCAUCUCCAACCUCCGGCCUUUCACUUUGUACCGCAUCGAUAUCCACAGCUGCAACCACGAGGCGGAGAAGCUGGGUUGCAGUGCCUCCAACUUUGUCUUUGCGAGAACGAUGCCUGCAGAAGGAGCAGAUGACAUUCCUGGACCAGUGACCUGGGAGCCAAGACCUGAAAACUCCAUCUUUUUAAAGUGGCCUGAACCUGAGAACCCCAAUGGAUUGAUUCUGAUGUAUGAAAUAAAGUACGGAUCACAAGUCGAGGAUCAGCGGGAAUGUGUGUCCAGACAGGACUACAGGAAAUAUGGAGGAGCCAAGCUUAACCGGCUAAACCCAGGGAACUACACAGCUCGGAUUCAAGCCACCUCUCUCUCAGGCAAUGGGUCGUGGACGGAUCCUGUGUUCUUCUAUGUACCAGCCAAGACUACAUAUGAGAAUUUCAUGCAUCUGAUCAUUGCUCUGCCAGUCGCCAUCCUGCUGAUUGUGGGGGGGCUGGUAAUCAUGCUGUAUGUCUUCCAUAGAAAGAGAAAUAACAGCAGGUUGGGCAAUGGAGUGCUGUAUGCUUCUGUGAACCCUGAGUAUUUCAGUGCCGCUGAUGUGUACGUGCCCGAUGAAUGGGAGGUAGCUCGAGAGAAAAUCACCAUGAGCCGGGAGCUUGGACAAGGGUCCUUCGGGAUGGUCUAUGAAGGAGUGGCUAAGGGCGUGGUCAAGGAUGAGCCUGAAACCAGAGUAGCCAUCAAGACCGUCAAUGAGGCUGCAAGUAUGCGGGAAAGAAUCGAGUUUCUCAACGAGGCUUCGGUGAUGAAGGAGUUCAACUGUCACCAUGUGGUCCGGUUGCUGGGUGUGGUGUCCCAAGGUCAGCCUACCCUGGUCAUCAUGGAACUAAUGACUCGUGGGGAUCUCAAAAGUUAUCUCCGGUCUCUAAGGCCAGAAGAGCAACAGAAUAAUGUAGUCCCAAUUCCUCCGAGUUUAAGCAAGAUGAUCCAGAUGGCUGGAGAGAUUGCAGACGGCAUGGCGUAUCUCAAUGCCAACAAGUUCGUCCACAGAGACCUUGCUGCUCGGAACUGCAUGGUAGCUGAAGACUUCACAGUCAAAAUUGGAGACUUUGGCAUGACCCGGGACAUCUAUGAGACAGACUACUACCGUAAGGGCGGGAAGGGGCUGCUGCCCGUGCGCUGGAUGUCUCCUGAGUCCCUCAAGGACGGGGUCUUCACCACUCACUCAGACGUCUGGUCCUUUGGGGUCGUCCUGUGGGAAAUUGCCACACUGGCUGAGCAACCAUACCAAGGCUUGUCCAACGAGCAAGUUCUUCGCUUCGUCAUGGAGGGCGGCCUUCUGGACAAACCGGACAACUGCCCUGACAUGCUGUUUGAACUGAUGCGUAUGUGUUGGCAGUACAACCCCAAGAUGCGGCCCUCCUUCCUGGAGAUCAUUGGCAGCAUCAAGGAUGAGAUGGAGCCCAGCUUCCAGGAGGUCUCCUUCUACUACAGUGAGGAGAACAAGCCUCCCGAGCCGGAAGAGCUGGAGCUGGAGCUGGAGGAGCCUGAGAACAUGGAGAGUGUACCGCUGGACCCCUCGGCCUCCUCAGCCUCCCUGCCUCUGCCUGAAAGACACUCAGGACACAAGGCCGAGAACGGCCCGGGCCCUGGAGUCCUGGUUCUCCGUGCCAGUUUCGAUGAGAGACAGCCUUAUGCUCACAUGAACGGGGGACGUGCCAACGAGAGGGCUUUGCCCCUGCCCCAGUCUUCAACCUGCUGAUCCCCAGCCACGGAAGCACGUGCGAACAGUAACGUGUGUGCCCACUCGGUGGGCAGGGGGAGAGCAGGUCGUAACAAUCUAUUCACAAGCCUCCUGUACCUCAGUGGAUCUUCAGAACUGCCAUUGCUGCCCACGGGAGACGGCGUCUCUGCAGUAAACACAUUUGGGACCUUCCUUUCUUCAAUAUGCAAGCAGCUUUUUAUUUCCCUACCCGAACCCUUAACUGACAUGGGCCUCUGCAAACCGUAAUGACAGCGCUUAAGAGCAACAGGACACUCGAGAACUGAGUCUCCUCGUUCUCUGCCUUCCUCUUCUGCCUCCUUCUCUCUCCUCCUCUUCCU